GGGACGCUGGAGUGACUGAGCCAAGGGCGGCGCAGCCCGACGCUGACUGGGACGCGAGCGGGCGACGCCGGGCUUGGAGCGCGGAGCAAAAAGCAAAGCCAGCAGGGAGCUCCAGGACCAGCAGGAUGGGGUCAGCCUGUAUCAAAGUCACCAAAUACUUUCUCUUCCUCUUCAAUUUGCUCUUCUUUAUCCUGGGUGCAGUGAUCCUGGGCUUCGGGGUGUGGAUCCUGGCCGACAGGAGCAGUUUCAUCUCCGUCUUGCAAACCUCCUCCACCUCGCUCAGGAUGGUGGCCUAUGUCUUCAUCAGUGUGGGGGCAUUCACUGUGCUCAUGGGCUUCCUGGGCUGCAUUGGCGCCGUCAACGAGGUCCGCUGCCUGCUGGGGCUGUACUUUGCCUUCCUUCUCCUGAUCCUCAUUGCCCAAGUGACUGCUGGGGUCCUCUGCUACUUCAAGAUGGGCGAGCUGAAACAGGAGAUGGGCAACAUCGUGAUAGAACUCAUUCGGAACUACAAUGAGAGCCGUGAGGACAGCCUGCAGGAAGCCUGGGACUACGUGCAGGCUCAGAUGAAUUGCUGUGGCUGGAUAAGCUUCUACAAUUGGACGUACAAUGCUGCGCUCAUGAAUCACACUGAGAUCACCUACCCCUGCUCCUGCAAGGAAGAGGAUGACAAGGGGGAAGAGGAUGACAGCUACAUCAUAAGGAAGGGCUUCUGCGAGACCCCUGGCAAUAGCACCCAGAGUGGCAACAGCCCUGAGAACUGGCCUGUAUACCAGGAGGGUUGCAUGGAAAAGGUGGAGGCGUGGUUGCAGGAGAACCUGGGCGUUAUCCUCGGCGUGUGUGGGGGCAUCGCUGUCAUUGAGCUCCUGGGGAUAUUCCUGUCCAUCUGCUUAUGCCGGCACGUCCGCUCUGAAGACUACAGCAAAGUCCCCAAGUAUUGAGGCAGCUGCUAUCCUCACCUCCCUUCCCGUUCCCCAACCUCAGGGCUUCCAGGGGUCUCCCUGGCUCCCUCCUCCAGGCCUGCCUCCCUCCUCACUGCCAAGGCCCCUUGUCCAUCCUUUGCUGGCUGGAAGCAGGGCUUUCUAGGGCCUGGCCCCCUCCCCCUACCUUUCUGCUGCCAGCCUGGAGCCCAGGCUGUUCUGUGGCUCUCAGCUCACUGCCCUCCAGGGUUCUCUUAGCAACUCAGAGGAAAUGCUCCCUGCAGCAUCCCCAUGCAGGUAGGCUGGGUCUCCACCUACCCUCAAGGCUGUGUAUAUUGUAUAGGGGAAAGUGUAUUAAAAUUGGGGGUGGGGUGGGAUAAGGAACCCUGGGCUGUCACGGGACUGCCCACUGGGUGGGUCAACUCUUUUUCCACUAUGAUGCUUAUAUCUUUGGUUUUUCAUAUUUUUAUUGAAGGUAGUGGGAGAGGGUGGGCUUUACCUGACAUUAAGGGACAGCACCCUCCCCUAGGCCUGGCAUGGCCCAUCCAGGCAGCUCAGAUCAGCCUGGGCCAUGCUGUAGGGGCGGAACCGAAGUGAGCUCAGCGGAAGGGGUCUGCCUGAGUAAGGGGAUCUGGCCUCGUUCUGGGCUGCUUAGGGACAGAGAGCCCUGCAUUCUCCAGGAUCCUGAGCUGUCCAAGGAGGAGGGGAGGAGGACAUCUUCUCCUGGGAGAAGUAGGCUGGCCUUUCCUGGCAAGCUGUCCUCUGAGCCCCCAGAAGUGGGGUGGGUAAGGCUGUGCCUUGUAGGGGUUGUGGGGAGGGGCUCUGUGUGCACAGUUCUAUAAAACAUACUCAAGAUUCAAAG